CGCCGAACCGGAACCGGAAACGGAAUAAGUGUCCACGAUCGGCGAUAUCUCGCACCAUGCCCUUCUACAAACUCCAUUCUCCACGCCUUGAUGGAAUGUUUCUGAUAUGUCUUACGCUGACGAUCUUCUGCGUGUUAGCAAAUGCCGAAUUCUACAAAGCCUCAUACGUCGACGAUUACCCAUGGAUUCGCGCAAAUCGCGAAAUUCCUAGCGAAUCCGCCUCUUCAGACCACUCGUCAUCUUACAGUCGUUUCUUAGAGUCCAGAAAAAAGCACCGUUCGUUGGAUUCUGCCGAGUCUUUUGACAAGCCUAGAGAAUGGUACUCGACUUCCGCCACUAAGAAAGUCCCCACGGAGAACAAGAACUUGAAGAAAGUAAUAUCACCGUUUUACACCAUAACGAACAAAGAUUCGCAAAAGUACAAGGACAUGGUGAUGAAAUCCGGCGUUCCGUACUGUCAAGAGAUCAGGAAGAAACGAGUUAAUAAGAACAGCGACGCGAAGAAUAGCAUGGUCUGUUACAAAUGUAAGAAUCCGAAAAGUGGCGCCACUUACGAGCAAUGCUCCUAUCAUUCUCAGCCAUUGACCGAUUCUAGCAACGUGGAAAAGAUAGCAGUGCCACCUUCAGUGUUCAGAAGUAGGAGAUCCAACUCUGAAGAAGCUUUUUCUGGUUUUAAAAAUUCCGAUGAUUACAGAAGACACGAUAAUCCGUACAGAUUUAGCGAGAAGAUUUUCUCGGACGCCACGGAUGAUGUUCCGGCAGAGUAUAAAAAUAAAGAUGAAAAAUGCGAGAAAGUGGUGAAAGAUUCCAUGGUGUGCAUGGUGUGUAAGGAUACCAAGAGCAAUGCAAAGUACGAACAAUGUUCGUAUGUUCGACAGCCUAGUGAGAAGAGAUACGCUUAUAGUAAAUCUAGCUCACAUAAGAAUCCCGAGACAUUUAAGAACACUCAAGCUAAGAAGGAUGAUAAAGAGGACGGAAAGAGAUAUGAUAAAGAAUAUUCGGCAAGUAAACCGGUUAAGGAACGUUUCGGUUACGUCGAUAAGGAAGAACCAGAGGGAAAAUCUCUUGAAGAAACCAAGGAAUCGUCUGAUAAUUGCAAGAAGGUGCAAAAGGGCACGAAGACUUGCACUAUCUGUAAAGACCCCAAAACAGGUGAAAAUUACGAGAGAUGCUCGUACACUUAUGAGCCAGAUGACAAGGUCUAUAAAUAUAGUAAAUCAAGAAGCUUUGGAUACCCUGACAGUUCUUCUGGAAAUAACGAUAAGAGAGAUGCUAGUGACAAAGAAGACAAGUCGUCUGAGGAGUCACGAAGCGAACCUGAGGAAUCACGAAGCGAACCUGAGGAUUACAGCAAAGACUAUACUAUUCCUGAAAGUUACUACGAGAAAAGUCAGUCCGCUCCAUCGAGUUCUUACUUCAAAGACGACGAAUCCAAGUCGAAUUAUGGCCAGGGUGGCUCUCAAGAAACUAAGUCCGCCUCUGACGAGGAUGAAUCCUUAUCUGGAUAUGAAAGAUCUAAAUCAGAAUCAGAAAGAGUGGCUGAAAGCAUCGAACCAAGUCAUUGCAAAGAGAUUCAAAAGGAUUCUAUGACUUGCAAGGUCUGUAAAGACCCGAAGACCGGAAGUAACUCCGAACAAUGUUCGUACAAGUAUCUACCAAAUGACAAGAGUUAUUCGUAUUCGAAAUCUAAAUCAUUUGGUAGCCCAACCGAAUCGAAAGACAAAUCUUACGACGGAUCCGAGAAGAAAGAAUCCAAGGAGCCUUACGAAAGUCCUGGCUAUGAUUAUUCUUCUAAGAAGAUGCCCUACGUUACCGACAGCGAUAUCAAAGACGAAUUUUCGGUUUCUGAUCAGACAAGGCAAUCGGAAGCAAAAGAGGAAUCAGCGAAAUCUGCUUUAAAGAAAAGCGACGUAGGCUUCUACGACGCGUUCAAAAAGAAGGCAGAGAUCCAGAAGGUUCUUCAGGAGUUCCAGAAGGAAGAUCGUUCCAAUUGUAAGAAGUUAAUGCGUGACAAAAUGACUUGCUACCAAUGUGUCGACGAAAAAGGUUUCCAAAAGGAAGAGUGCGCUUUUGUAACUUCUGAAGAACCAUCUGUCGAUAAAUCGGAUUAUCGAGAAGAGAAAGCCUACCAUGUAGAGCCUACCAAAAAAGUUCCUAGGUCAAUCAUCGCCCAACAUCCUCUGCACGAUUUUCCUAUCGAACCAGAAGCUGCCGCAAGUGAGGGAGCAUACGUAAAACGAGAACAAGCAGACAAGGAGAAGGAUUCUGGAGAAGUUGAAAGAUCCAAGGAGGUUGAACCUUACGAAUUCGCAGCAGAAACUAAACCUGUGUUUGAUAAGGUUCUUGGAUUCACACUUCCGGCGUACAUGCUGAGUACUUCCGAACACGAAGAAGAGUUUGAUAAGAUCGUGGCGAGUAAGGGGAUUUAAAGAUAUUGUUUUUGUAUCUUCUUAAUAGAUUUGACGAUGCUUAAUCGCUUGUAGAACUCUUCGAUUAAAAAUAGAAUUAAAGUUCAUAUACAAAACUCGGAUCUAAAGGUCGCUAGGGGUAUUUUAAUUGAUAAAAAUAUAAUAUUUUU